UCCAAGGACUCCUAUUGGCUGGACAGAUGGGUAAAUGAACUCAUUCUCCCCAGAGCUAUCAGCCAGGUACCAAGGCUCGAGCUUAUGGAUUCCCAACGGCAGGACCUGAGCCUCCCUGGCAUGUGGGUCUCAUUGUACUUUGCAUUCCUGGGGCUGUGUUCUGUGAUAACUGGCUGCUGCAUUGUCUUUCUGCACUGGAGGAAGAACUUGCAGCGGGAAGAGCGUGCCCAGGAGUGGGUGGAAGCGAUGAGAGUCACCACAUUCACCUACAGCCCACUGCUGUACUGGGUUAACAAGCGACGAUACCAAGGCAUGUCUGCGGCCAUCAACAUGGGCCCGCCCUCUGCUAUCACCAAGCCUGAGGCUGAGGUUCAGAAUUCAGAGUCAGAGUUGGACAUCCCUGAGAGCAGCUGUGCUGCCCAAGACAGCAGCCCCAAGACAGAAGCCCCUGUCUCUCUGCAACCUGUCUUGCAGCAGGUCCUGCAGCAGCAGUGCCAGUCUUCUGCGAUGCCUCAGCCCCAUGCAAGCUCCCCACUCUCAAUUCCCAUCUUUCGGGAGGUGCCCAUCACCCUCUCCCUGGGCAACCUACCCCCCUUGCUGAACCACUCAGUCUCCUACCCUUUGGCCACCUGUCCUGAAAGGAGGGCCCACUUCCAUUCUCUUCCCACACUGGCCCAUGGGGACCACUGCUUUAAUGCCAAGCCUUUUGCUUCAGAAUUGUAGUCUGCUCUCACUGAGAGUGGGAGCUGGAGGUAACAGCAGAGCCAGAAAUUAAGCUACCUCAGGAAGGUAACUGUAUUAACAGAGGCCAGGGCAUUAUGAAAGAUUAAAAAAAGUUCAAGGCUCCCUUGUGUCUCAUUUGU